AUGAAGAGACGACAGAACGUGGCGUUUUCAACACUAUUGAUCCUUGGCAUCAUAUUGCUAUGCGCACGAGACCGAGAGCUUGCGCUUGAAGUGCCUCGAUCGAAAAAGGCAAUAACAAAAAACGCAAAGGCAAAAUCGGACUACACAGUGCUAAUAAAGGUUCCUGAUGGCCAAGCAAAAGGCGGACAUGGAGACGGCGUGGCACUAACACCACUGGCGCCACCCGUAGUCGAAGCUUCCGUACAACCACUUGGAGAAUCUGGGGUACCGGACGCAGGCCACGCAUUGCCAUUGGUAACAGAGAAUGAGCAAGAACUCUCUUUGCAACUACCACCGCCAUCAGGAUCUGGAGCCUUGGAGCACAACCCUAAUCUUCCAUUCCAGCAAGACUUAGAUUUGGAACUACCCCUUACCAUCCUCCAAGACUUUGCAACGCGUGCGCCACAUAACUACAACCCCAAUGGACCCACAACAUAUGCCUACGCUACUUUUAUGGCAACGAGAAAUCCAUCCAUCCAUGACCCUUACUUUCUCGCUAUCCAUUCGCUAAUCCACCGCGUUCUCUGGUCCCCGCGUUCGCGCACCUCAAAAUACCCCUUCGUCGUAUUCGUAAGCGACUACGUAACGGAAGAGCAACGCACGCUGCUCUCCGGCGCAGGCGCAAUAGUGCGUGAGCUUGCCCCCGUGAUAUGGACUCCCAAUGUGCCCGGCGUGGAGAAGCGCUGGAAAGACCUGUUUGCGAAGCUCAACAUGUGGCGAGAAACCGAAUUCGAGCGUAUCUUAUUCCUAGACGCGGAUGCGUUCCCACUUACGAACAUCGAUGGCAUGUUUGACGUUGCACCCGUGCAGCAGUGCGUAGAGGGGAAGUUGCAGGCUGAUGAUGUGCUAGCGGAUGGCACGUCUGUGUGCGAACCGUUUGUCUUUGCGGGUGUAGCGCAGGAUCCGUGGAGUGGGACGAGCACAGAUGUUAAUGUUGGGUCUAUGGUUUUUACACCCUCGUUGCGCAUGCAUGAGCGCUUGUUGCAAAACUAUGUUAAGACGGAUAAGUACGAUUGUCUGAUGGCUGAGCAGGCAUUUCUCAAUUGGCAGUUCAGCAAAGCGGGUCCGUUUCCAGCGACGACGCUGGAGCGGACGUGGGGUGGUGUUUUUCCCAAGGAAGACGAGGACGGGAGCUUGAAUGUUGUUCAUGAGAAGAUUUGGGUGGCGGAGAGUGGGUGGCAGAAGAGGGGGUGGGUGGAGACGUGGGUGGAGAUGGUUAAGUAUUAUGAGAGUGAAGAGUUUGCGACAAUGAGGGGGUGGGAUGGUCUGGCUGGAUCUCAGCUUCCUUCACUGUGA